CGCCCGCGCCGCCGCCCCCUCAAUUCACACUUCAUAAAGCCGAUGGCUAUGCACCGCGCCGCCGCGCUCGCACUGCGCCGCCUCUCCGCCGCAGCGGCGGCAGUGGCUCCAAGCCCCGUCUCCCUUACCCAUCUCCGGCCGGUGGUGGUGGCGGCGACCGCUACCAAUGCCAGGUUUGUUAUGCAGCCUACGACCGCGGCUGCUGCUUUGCGCCUCCGGCGCGGUUACGCGGCAGGCGGUGGUGCGGGCCGGAAGGCGGUGAUCGAGGACGAGGAUGAUGACGAGGAUGAGCUCGAGGCUAUGGGCAGCGACGGCGAGUUCGACGGCGACUUCGACGACGACUUCGACGGCGACUUCGACGACGAGGAUCUCGAUGAAUUCGAGGACGACUCUGAUGAUGGUUCUGAGCGCGAAGCCGGGCCCUAGCGCGGAAGACGCUGAGCUGCAGAGCUCUGCUCGCUGCUUAUUGCGUUUUUUUGGUAUUUUUUACGGGGAAUUCAAACAGAAAAAACAGUAAGUUAGAACUCAACGGAUCAAUCAGUAUGUGUUGUGCUAAACCGGUUGUUGUAAUCUCCUAUUUUGAUUGGGUUAUUCGAAAAUUGUACCGCGUCAAAGAACAGAUCUUGGCGUACUGUAAUUCGCAGCGGUGAAAAAUAGUAUUUCAUUUUUUUGAUGC